UGGGGGAAAAAAAUACCACCUUCGCGCCUUGAACCUAUUUGCACUUCGAACAUUACAUAAGCACUUUUAAUUGUAAGCUCAGUUCAGCACAGCAUUGUCUGGAAAAAACAGCUACUUAACGUACGAUGGGCCUUGAGGACUCUAUUAUGCAGACAAUUGAAUACGUCAAAGAGACCAUUGGGAACCUCGAUCGGUCUAAACUACAGCUCCUAGCACUCUCUUCUGCUGGUAUUGGAGCUGUUUUGUGCUACUUGGCAUGGAAGCAAAGCCCCAAGACAAUACCAAUCGGUGAUGGCUGGUGGGGAGCGGGAGAGAAGCCAUUAACUGAGGACGAAACCAUUCACAAAUUUGUAGUGAAGACCUCGGUGGAAGAAAUAGAGGAUCUACACAGGCGCAUUGAUCAAACUCGUUUUACAGAACCACUGGAGGAUAGCCGCUUUAAUUAUGGAUUUAACUCUAACUAUCUUAGACGGGUGGUCUCUUAUUGGAGGCACCAGUUUGACUGGGAAAAGCAGGUGAAGGUGAUUAACCAGUAUCCUCACUUCAAAACCAAAAUUGAGGGAAUAGACGUGCAUUUCGUCCACGUGAGGCCUGUCCAGAAGGCUGGACAGACAGUUCUCCCUCUCAUGAUGGUUCAUGGCUGGCCUGGUUCCUUCUAUGAGUUUUACAGGAUCAUACCCCUGCUUACUAAGACCGAUUCAGAUGUGGUCUUUGAGGUCAUCUGUCCCUCCAUUCCAGGCUACGGCUAUUCUGAAGCACCACAUAAAAAAGGAUUCAACACUUUGGAGGCUGCUCGCGUCUUCCUUAAGCUGAUGGAAAGACUGGGAUUCCCUGAAUUUUACGUGCAAGGAGGAGACUGGGGAGCCUUCAUUACCGCUAACAUGGCCCAGAUGAAUCCAGAGUGCAUUCGUGGUCUGCACUUGAACAUGGUCAUUGCCAGGACAGACAGCCUUGGACAGCUCCUCUCCUUAGUCAUUGGUCGCUACCUGCCGUUCCUGGUUGGCUUCACAAAGGAAGAUGUCCGACGACUCUAUCCUUACAUGGAGAAGAAUAUAUAUGACAUACUGAGAGAAACUGGCUAUUUACACAUUCAAGCCACUAAACCAGACACAGCAGGUUGUGGACUGAAUGACUCCCCAGUCGGCUUGGCUGCCUAUAUCUUGGAGAAAUUCUCCUCGUGGACAGACUUAGGAAACCGAGACUUGGAGGAUGGAGGUUUGGAGAGAAAGUUCAGUCUAGACGACCUCCUUACAAAUGUCAUGAUCUACUGGACCACAUGUUCCAUCAUUCCCUCAAUGCGCUUCUACAAAGAGAACCUGAAGAAAGAUUUCAAGACGAGGGUGGACAGAGUGACAAGCAUGUAUGUGCCCACUGGCCUGGCUGCCUUUCCUAAUGAGCUACUCCACUGCCCUAGAGCCUGGGCCGGCGCACGGUUUACAGAUGUGCGUUCUUUCACCUACAUGCCCCGAGGCGGACACUUUGCUGCCCUUGAAGAACCCCAGCUGAUGGCUGAAGACAUCAUUCAGUUUGUGGAAAAAGUGGAGAGCAAAGGCAACAAAUAACAGCUUUAUUCCAGUAUCUGAAGAAAAUAAUGCACUGCUCUGAUCGUUUUAGUUCUUAAGAAAUGUGUUUUUUCAAUAAACCAAAUGAAGUUAUAUAUAAGUUCUGUACAAUAUAAUUUUGUAUUUUUUGCAUGAUGAUUUGAGCAUGAAACUGUAAAGAUAAUUUUUACUGUGUACUGUUAAAAUCAGUAAACAUUUCUGAAAAUAAAACACUAACUAAAAAAAGAAAUUUAGUUUCAUCAUACAUCACAAUAUACAUGCUACAAUAAUCAGUUUGCAUCAUUUCAGCCUGAUUUAAUGAACCCUGAAUUUUUUUGUGAAUGGAAAUGGAAAUAAAAACAAACAGUACAAAGAUAUAGCACCA